UUACACCUGGUGGGGAAACAGACAGAAACCCGAAUAGAAUAGAAUCGAAGCCACAGUCGCAGUCGCCGUCGCCGUCGCAGCAGAAGUAGCAGAAACAGCCGCAGCAGCAUGAACUCGAAGGCUGACGUCAACCGCCGCGUUCUGACCAUUCAGGCGAAGAAGAAGCGCCAUAAGAACAACAAGAAGCGGGGCAAGCAGAAUGGCAAUGCAUCCCAGGAACAGCAGCCACCACAGCACCCGAAUCCCAAUCCAAAUUCUGGGCCGUCAGCACCGGAUAAUGCUAAUAAUAGCCAUGUAGAAGUGCUGCAUGCGGGCAAUGCCGGGAAUAAAUCCAAUGUUAGCGCUAAAGCUAGCGCGUCCUUCAGCAAGGCCACGGGAAAUGUUUCGACUUCUAGCGGUGGUUCUGCCAGCACUACGGACCAAUAUCAGCCACCCGCGCCGCCGCCAAAACCCAAUCAGAAGCAGCAGAAGCAGAAUCAACAGCAGCAGCAACAACAGCAGCCGCCGAGAAGCUCCUCCAACGACUCUUACGAAUCCGAGCUAGCCAGCGAGAACGAGGAGCAGGAGCUGAAGGAGGACUAUUGCAAGGGUGGCUACCACCCCGUCAACAUCGGUGACCUGUUUCAGGGUCGCUAUCAUGUCAUCCGAAAGCUGGGCUGGGGCCACUUCUCGACCGUUUGGCUAUGCUGGGACCUACAGCAGGAGCGCUAUGUGGCCAUCAAGAUUGUCAAGUCUGCUCCGCACUUUGCCGAAACGGCCAAGGACGAGAUUAAAAUACUCAGGACGGUCCGUGAAACUGAUCCGUCGAAUCCCAGGCGCCAGAAAACCGUCCAGAUGCUGGACGAUUUCAAGAUAACCGGUGUUAAUGGCACCCACAUAUGCAUGGUGUUCGAGGUGCUCGGCGACAACUUGUUGAAGCUUAUCCGGAAGUCGAAUUAUCGCGGUAUUCCGUUGAACAACGUGAAGACCAUCACUCGACAGGUGCUCGAGGGUCUGGACUACUUGCACACUUGCUGCAAGAUCAUCCACACCGACAUCAAGCCCGAGAAUGUGCUGCUUUGCGUCGACGAGCCCCAUGUCCGCUCCCUGGCCACCGAAGCCACCCAGUUGUACUGCAUGAACUCCAAGAUGUACCCGUCGCUGGUCAGCCGGGCGCCAAAGGAAUACCGCGAGCCACCCAUCACCGGCAAGAUGAGCAAAAACCGCAAGAAGAAACUAAAGAAGAAGGCCAAGAGGCGCAUGGAGCUGUUCAAGAAGCAGCGUGACUAUCUGGAGCAGACAGGAGGUCAGGUCGAGGGCAUGGAUGGUGAGGAGCAGACCAACUUUGGCGUUAACCACAAUUCAGUCCAGAAUGGCGAUGCCGGCGACUCCGAUGCCGAUGAUGAUGAUGUAGAAGUCAACAAGGAACAGGAUCCGGUUGAAGAAAAUGAUACUGCGGCUGCUGGCCAGCCUGUGGUGGCCAAGGAGGAACAAGAGCGAAAGACUGGCGGGGAGGAGCAACAGCCACCGUCGGAUGGCACUGAAAAGGCCAAAAAGAAGAGGAAAAGGAACAAGAAUAAGAAUAAGGGAAAUCAACAGCAAGGUCAGCAGUCUGCGCAGCUGGAGAACUCGGUCAGCAGCGGCGACAUUAGCAAUGCGCUCAAGAGCCACCAGACCAACGGCAGCAGCAGCAUUAGCAAUUCUAACAGUAACUCCAUUAGCAAUUCGAGCGGCACUUUGAAGGGACAAUCAAAUGGCAAGAAAAUGCCGCAGCAAUCCAAGAAGGAAAAGUCGAAGCAGCAGCAGCAGCAGCCAUUGAAUAACAACACAAGUUCGAAGCCCAACUCGAACAGCAUUUCGAAAAUCUCAAGCGAGUCUGUGGACAACUCUUCGUGGUGUAACGGGCCGUAUUCGGAGCCACUGUUACCACCACCUCCGCCGCCACCGCAAGUUAAGCAUCGCCCCAAACGUGAUCCGGCGCUGGAGGAGUGUUCGGUGGAUGUGAAAAUCGCCGAUCUGGGUAAUGCCUGCUGGGUGGACAAGCACUUCACUGAGGACAUCCAGACGCGGCAGUACCGCUCCCUGGAGGUGAUCCUAGGCUCCGGCUACGAUACUUCUGCGGACAUCUGGAGCACUGCAUGCAUGGUCUUCGAGCUCGCAACCGGCGACUAUCUGUUCGAGCCGCAUUCUGGCGACACCUACUCCCGCGACGAGGAUCACCUGGCGCACAUCAUUGAGCUCCUGGGUCCCAUUCCACGGCGCAUCGUUUUCCGAGGCACCUACGCGCAGCAAUCGUUUAACCGCGAGGGUGAGUUGCGGAACAUAACGGGCCUGAAGCCCUGGGGCCUGAUGGACGUGCUGCUGGAGAAGUACGAGUGGUCGCACAGCGAUGCCGAGUCGUUCGCAUCGUUCCUCAAGCCCAUGCUGGAGUUUGAUCCGGCCAAGCGGGCCACCGCCGCGGAGUGUUUGCAGCACCCGUGGCUUAGAUAAGAUACGAUGCAGCCUGGUUGUUGGCUGCGCGCCACCCAGCCAGCAGUGGGAGCAGAGGACGUGGCGGGACGAAUAGGAUCGGGAACAAGAGCAGUAAGAGGAACAGUAUCGGAAGCGGCAUGUGUGGAGCCUUCGGAAUCGGUGGCCACUCUGGCGUCCAUUUCAUCAAUCGCAUCAACUUCGGCGGCAGCUAUGGCGGCGUUGAAGGCGCGUCCGUAUCUGGUGCCGCCAUUCGCGGCCACGGCCUCGGCUCCACCAACUCCGCAACCGCAUGUAACCAGUACUACGUCCAUGGCGUGCACUGCGCCAGCAACACCUACAAGACGUCGUCUCGCCACCGACACGGAGAUGGCGGUGGCUGAUUUCGAUAUUGCCGAGUUGGAGGAGAUGGUCGAAGCUCCACCCCACACCAAGACCAAGUCGCAUCGAUUCUUCUGGCGAAAGGCUCUGCGUCGCGUCUUCCGGCGCCGCAAGUGACAUCAGAUGCGGCGCCGCCGGCAGGAUUUACCCCGAUGGCACCGUCCCGUUACCGCCCACCGCCGCUGCCGGCGUCGCAGCCUGGCCGAGCGGGUGCGACGGGUGUGUGCCUGUUGCGCCUACGGUCAGGUGCUGUUGCGUGCCGCUCGUGUGGCCCUGCUCAGCUGCAUCCGCUGGCGAACGCGUGGCAACAUCCGUAACAACAACUUUUACUUCAGAAAUCACUAGAAUCGCAGCCAUCAGCCAUCGGCCAGCAAACAGGAAACAGCAACAGCAAUCAGCUUACUGUCUACAAUCUCCCCACUCCAGACACUAGAGCUACGUUUAAUGUUAACACAUCCAUACGAUUUAGUUAUAUAUACGCGCCAGCACUUAAUUUAUUUCUUGUGUUUUACAUCGACAAUUAGACUAUUUUCGUUGCUACAUAUGAAAUUAUAAAACGUAUUACCGCCUAACCGAACACUUCCCCCCGAAUCCUGUAAAUAGGGUCACUAGUGCUCGACCCCAUUCAGCUAAAAAUGAAGCAUACAAGUUAUAGAGCGAACACUUAAGUAAAAGCUAAAUCGAAAGCGAGCGAUUUGAAGGAAUACAAGCCUAUUUGCAUAUAGGGUUAUAUCUGUUACUGUACAUUUAGCCAAGAGGCGAAUCGGCAAAUAUAUACAUUUAUAGCGUACAUAGUUAAAUGAACUGGAGCCCAAUCGAGCGGAUGGUUUUUUAUUAGCAUAUGUGAAAUGUACAUGGAUGCAGAACAUGAAUUUGAGCUGAACAUUACAAUAAUGAGAACGUAGUUAAUUAGUUAACCCUCGGCUUAGUGAUCGACUUGAAAAACAAAAAAAAAAAACAAAAAGAAAACAUUAAAAUGAAAUUAGUAAUCGUAAAGCCGUAACCUCAAAUAGGAAAGCAAACGCACUACCAGAAACAGCCACAAGUGAAACCAAUCCUUAAUAACUAAUCGGUCUUAGUAAACAAAUAAUAAUUAAUUGUAGCCGCCACAACAAAGUAUUGUUCAAUAUUAAAUACUAGCGCAAGUGCAAAAUAAUUACAGCAAUAUCGGGUAGAAAAUUAUUCAAUACACACAGAGACACUAGACGCAACUUCAAUUUGGCACACUUAUCAAAAUACUAGAGCCACACAAAAAUUUAUGAAAUUUCUCACGCCCAUACUACUCUUAACACAAAUACCUAAAGGCCACUUUAGUUAAGGCUAGAUCAUAAUGCGAUUUUUCGUCAGAAUAUUCGAUUCGAUUCGACAAAGUUGUAGAGAAGCUAAGAAAAGAACGAAGGGAUUAUCAGAAUGGCAGGAUGGUUCAUUAUCCUUCGGCAGGGGAUGGGUGUUUGACAACUAUAUACAGUACAUACAUACACAUAUAUGGAUAAGUGGCCUUAUUAAUUCGGUUCUCCGCACCACACCAAGCACUAUAACCACAUGUACACCCAAAACCACACUUCAUACACACUCAAACACACAGAAAGUAAUUAGUCCCCAGCCAUUUGCAAUACGAAAGCUAAUUGAAAAACACCUCAAACUAUAUAAUAUGAAGAAUUAGGUAUGAAUAUUAUUGUAACUUGGGCGCAGACAUUAUUGUAAAGGGAAGCAUCGCCGAUAUCAGUGGUAGAUUAAACUAAACAGUGUCCAGGCUUAGAAUGGCGGAGAGAAUGAGGAGACGGUUCUAUAAGUAGUAGCCCACAAUCGAUCUACAAAUGUUGUCACCAAUUUAAACAUAAACGCGAAUUCAGAUAGUUCUUCGGCAGGCCGAUGUCUCGAUAAUACUUACGCAUAUACUCUUUGAAAAUCGCCUAUACUUCCAAUCAGAAGAUAUCACAAGUGAAAAAGCAGGAGGAGUUUGAAGCAAGAAAAUGGAUCUAUUCCAAGCGACAUAGAACCAGAAUCAGGAACCCAGCUGCCGAAUUGCAAUUCCAAUAUGUUCUCACGCUUUCAAAGAGUAUAAUUAUGAAUUAUACGAUACGAUACAUAAUUUAUUGAUGUAGUUAUAAACAAAAUAAACAACAAAUUACACAAAUUGGAAAACAA